AUGUCGUUUUCUCUUCAUUUUGUCCCAUCCCACCUCACCCCAUCAAGAAUUCUCACAAAAUUUCAUGUUUCCUCAUGCAGGGGCUAUUACAGGUGCAGUACAUCAAAGGGUUGUUCUGCCAAAAAGCAAGUAGAAAGAUGCAGAACAGAUGCUUCAAUGCUCAUCAUCACUUACACCUCUAGUCAUAACCACCCAGGCCCUGAUCUCCACACCACCAACCUAACGCAGUCGCCAAAAGAAACCCAAACCGACCACAGUGAUGAUCAGUACCCGACUCCUAAACAACAACAGCUGCCAGAAGAUCCACAACAAGAAGAGCCGGAAGAAGUACAAAAUGAACCCAUCAAAACAAGCAGUGAUGAAGAUGCAAGCGAAGAGCAUUUUCACUAUCUACAAUCCCCAUUAAGCUCUCCCCGAAAUAUUAUAAUUAACCAAGAAGAUCCUUUCACCGGGAAUCUAGAGAAAACCCACGACACACUGGGGUUUCUAUUGGAUGAAGAGCCGCUGUCUUGCCCUCACAUAACGACAUCUUCAACACCAAAAUCAGAAGAAAAUGAUUUCUUUGAUGAACUUGAAGAACUGCCCAUAUCUUCAGCUUUCACAAGCUUCAUGAGAAGCAAGAUUUCCGAUGAAGGAAUAAAUGUUGUCCCUUCUUGAUCUGAGUGUUUCUCAGACUUAGAAAAAUGUAAUUAGGAUGUUUAUAAUGAAGUGAUUAUGCCCCCACUACUAGUGGCUCUGGUUCAGCAUCAUCCUACUUUUUUUUACCUUUCUUUUUUUUCUCGUCUGAAGGUUCACAAAAUGAGAGAGUUGGGUACCCUGGCGUGAAAAGUUCGUGGAUUGCUGUCAUUUUUUUUAAUCUGGGAGACUGGGAUGAAAAUGCUUUUUGGCAGAACGGGGAAAACCUAUCAAGUCCAACGGAUAUAGACACAACCACACACGCACUCCCCAAAGAGAGAGAAGAUUGACGGUGGCUACUUUUGUUGGGUGCUAGCUCUUUUGCACAUUAAGUAUUAAUUAAUGAAGGCACGAGGUUCACGCCAGAAGAGCUGUGUUUGGUGGUUGCUCUCGUUAUCUUGUUUUUGGUUCCUGUUUAACUUUCUUGUUGUAAGGGGUUCGGCCUUUUCUUUUUUGUUCACCUCUGGGUUGCGAGAUUUAGAUCGAGUUCCGGAAUCUGUCUCCUGAAAAGUAUACAGCGUACUUUUUGGAUUGC